UUGGGUUUCCCUUGAGGGGGAAAAAAACACGACCGCUUUACGUUUUCCAAAACGCGGAAGAGGGCUCUCCGUCCAUGGCGUGGCCGGCCAAGCGCCCGCGAAGCGGCGGCUUCGAUGGCGAGGGCCUGGGGCCGCUGAGCCGGUGCCGCAGCGUGCAGCGCUACCGCAAGCUGAACCGCAUCGACGAGGGCACCUACGGCGUGGUGUACCGGGCCUGCGAUGUCGAGACCGGAGAGGUGGUCGCGCUGAAGCAGCUGAAGCUGGCGGCGGUGAAGUCGGAGGAUGGCUUCCCGGUGGCCUCCCUGCGGGAGAUGUCGCUCCUCCUGGAGGCCCGGCAUCCGAACAUUGUCCGUUGCCACGAGGUGGUGGUGGGGAACACGCUGCAGCACGUCUUCAUGGUCAUGGAGUACAUCGAGCACGAGCUCAAACUCCUCGUGGCCCAGCUCGCCUUCGGGGUGGCGGACGUGAAGUGCCUGCUGCGGCAGCUCCUCACCGGCCUACAGUUCCUGCACAAGAAUUGGAUCAUGCACCGAGACCUCAAGACGUCCAACAUCCUUCUGGACAGGAGCGGCGUCUUGAAGAUCUGCGACUUCGGCCUGGCGCGGCAUUUCGGGGAGCCGUUGAGGCCAUACACUCAGCGAGUGCAGUCCUUGUGGUACCGAGCGCCCGAGCUUCUGCUUGGGCUCAGGACGUACACGAAUCUGAUCGACAUUUGGAGCGGGGGCUGCGUGUUUGCAGAGCUGCUGCUGGGGAGGCCGGUGUUUGAGGGCAAAGCCGAAGUUCAUCAGCUGGGGCUGAUCUUCGGCCUCACCGGGCGCCCCAGCGAGGACUCCUGGCCCGGGUGCACGGGGCUGGCGAAUUGGAAGCUCACGGAGGGCCUCAAAGAGUCGUGGCCCAGUUGGCGCGGGCUGUUCCCCGCAGACGGGGUCUUGUCCGAUUUGGGCUUGGACUUGCUCCAGUUACUACUGGAGUGCUGCCCAGAGAGGCGCUUGGCAGCGGACGCCGCCUUGGAGCAUGCCUACUUCGAAGAGGCGCCGCAAGCCCAGGAGCCGGGCAUGCUGCCGACCUUCAAGGAGUCCAACAGCGAGGGCCGGCGGCACCAGCCGGCGCUGCCGGAGCCGGGCUUCGUGGACCCGGGCGGCUGAGG